AUGGAUGGGUUGGAGCAGGACAUGAUGAAGCAGCAGUCAGCCUUCAUGGAACUCCAGCAGCAGUCCGGGGGCAUCCCUCACUCCAUGGGCCACCAUCCGGCCUACCAGAUCCGCUCGCAGUACCCAGGGCCCCACCCGCAACACCAUCAGCCUCACGACUCGGUGUUUUCAGGGCAUCAGCAUGGCCGCUCCUUGGGGUACCCGUUUGGGAUGAAUGGCAUGUCAGUGAGUCCUUAUCAGACGCCCUCCCCACCUAGAGAUGACAAAAGUCAAGUUGAGGAUCAGUUGAGAAUUAACGGGAAAGGCAAGAAAAUGAGGAAACCGCGCACCAUAUACUCAAGCCUGCAGCUGCAGCAACUCAACAGAAGGUUCCAGAGGACGCAGUAUCUGGCCCUGCCCGAAAGGGCGGAGCUAGCGGCCUCGUUGGGGCUGACCCAAACCCAGGUGAAGAUCUGGUUCCAGAACCGACGUUCCAAGUACAAGAAAAUCAUGAAGCAGGGUGGAACCCCGCCCAUUCAGCCACAGUGUUCUCAGCCUCCUUCGCAUCAAGGAUCGGCAGCAUCCCCAUCGUUGCAGCAGCAAGGGUCCAUGGGGGUCAAGCAGCAGCAGGCAUCCUUCUUGGACGAUGGACCCCAAGGGUCGGACAUGCACCCUGGAUCCCAGGGGUCGCCCACACCCCAGCACGGACUCCAGCACCCUCACCCACAGGGCACCCCGACCCCCAUGCUGCCGGCGUCGUCGCCGAUGAGCCAGCAGGGCAGCCUGCUGUCCUGGUCAGACCUGGGCUCCGCCUCCAGUUCUGGACACGCCCACUCUCACAACCAGCACCACGCCCAACACCAGAUCAACAAUGCCUACAUGUCUCAUUACUCCUCUUGGUAUGCACAGAGCGGGCUGCCCCACCAGCAUUCGUUACUCACAUAA